AUGGACGAGGUGCAGUGCAAGGUGAGAGUUUCGAGCAUGCUGGGUUUUGUUGGCGGUAUGUGGGCAACUCCACCGCCACCCUAUACGGCAACGAGCAAUAGCUUCAACAGCAACUUCCACGCAUCCGACUGUAUCAACAUUAUCAACAACAACCUCAGCAGCAGCAGCACCGCCAGCCAAAGCCAUCCAACGGCCACGACCACGUCGACGACGGCUAGCAGCAGUAGUAGCGGUGGCGUCGUCAGCGGGAUACUCGGCGUGCAGGAAUUUAGCGCCAAGCUGUUCCUACCGUUUUCCCGCUCGAAGAUGAUGCACUCGACAUCGAACAACAACCCCCCGACCGAUCCAUCAGCCCCGAUGGACGGUACAAUGGCAGGGGCCGGCCCCUCUAGCAAGGGUGCAGCAGCGGGCAGUGCUUUCGCCGGUGCGUCCAGCGGCAGCUCUGGUACGGGGCGUAGCACCGGCUCGACGCUGGUCAUACCGGAAGCGUUGAACGUGGUGCUGCACGGUUACCAGCGCAAGCUGAAGACGAACAAGAAGAAAUACUUUGUCGUGUACGGCGAUCGGCCGGGCAAGCCGGCCCGGCUCGAGUACUUCGACAGCGAGAAGAAGUUCAAGCAGUCGUUCAUGAAGGGUGGCGGCUGCGAGGGCCCGUCGGCGAAGCGCAGCAUCUCGCUGCGGUCCUGCUUUAACAUCAACAAGCGGCACGACCUCAAGAAACACAUCAUCGCACUGUACACCAAGGACGAUUGUUUCUGCAUUGUGUUCGAAAGUGAGGCGGAGCUGUCACGGUGGCUGCGGAUACUGUUGCUGCUGCAGCGAGGCGAAGAAUCGGAAGGCGAUCCGCCGAAGCCGACAUUUGAGCACGUUUGGGAUGUUUACGUGCAGCGCAAAGGUCUCGGCGACAGCUACGGCAUCCUUGGCACCUAUCGGCUUUGCAUCACGGACAAAACCCUAUCGUUGGUCCGCAUCGGACUGGAAUUUACGCCUCACCAGGAGAAACGGGCAUCUAACGUCGAUUUUUCGUUGGCAUCCAUACGACGAUGUGGACAUUCUCAGCGCUACUUUUACCUGGAGGUUGGCCGAAGCACGAAAACGGGGGCGGGAGAAAUUUGGAUGGAGGUGCAGGAUUCCAUCAUCGCGCAAAACAUGUACACCACCAUCAUGAAGUCGGCGAAAAGUAAAGACGACAACCUCGGUCCCAUGAUACGGAUACGAUCGUCUUCGGCGAACGCCGCCUCGAAACCUACCUCGAUGCUGUUCCGCCGCCAGACGCACACCGGCCAGAAACCGAUCAACUGUUCGCCGUCAAGUGAAGAUCAGUCAAACAAUGCGCAGAACUCCGAAUCCUCGUCGUCGGCCACCAGCAUCAAUACGGUCGUGCUGGUCGGUUCGCCGCCCAAAGGGGCGGCUAGUUCUGGUGUACCGAAUUCGAAACCAAGACCCGUAGUAGUAGCCAAUCCUAGCCUGCCAGUCUGUGCGGAAAAUGCUCUGCUCGGUUCAUGUGCUACCUCCUCUGCCAACAGCGCCACUGCUCCUUCCGCUACUUCUACUACCAUCAGUACGACUUGUACUUCUGUCGCCACAACUAUUACCUCUGUAACAACUGUCACCUCCACUGCUGCCACUGCUAGUAUGGCGCCAUCCGCCAUGUACCCUACCACUCCCGACGCUUCCUACCAUCAUGCACCAACGAUCGUUCCUUUCGCGGGCCACACGCCUGCCUCGGCAGCUGCUGUCUGUUCCACCUUCACCAGUACCUAUGGUGCCAUGUUCACCUGUUCGCACAGCAGUAACUCCUCACUUACGAGCAUCGGUUCCUGCUCCCCGAGCGAUGCGUAUGUUCCGCUUUUACCCGGUGCCGGUCGCAGCACCAGCCCGAAUCAGCAUCCUCUGUCCGCUGUAGCUGCUUCUGCUGGUGGUGGUGGUGGCGGCGUUGGUAGUGGCGCUACCGUUUCCGGCCGGGGUGGUCUGGUCGGAUCGCCACGGCUCGGCGUGACGGCACAGUCGCCAAGCUACCGACGUACGUCGCUCAAGAAGCCAGUCUCCGAAAACUGUCCCAGUAGGGCGGCGAAAAUGGAAGCUGUCACUUCUUCGCCACUGCUGUCGUCUACUCCACGGGGUGGACAGCAAUCGCGUCACUAUCACCAGCAGCAGCAACAGCAACCCCUACACGGUACUGGCUCCAUGCUUCCUCCGGCCGCUUCCCACCUUUCCCACCAUCACACACUUGUGCAACAUCCCCACCAUCAUCACCAUCCAUACCUUCACCAUGGCACGCAAGCACCGUUGACCUCCGCAGUAGUUGCGACCGGGGCAGUCGGGCACCCGGCAACACCAAGCGCCGUCGCUGGUCUGCAUCACGCUGCUACAGGGGUCGCUGGUACUAGCAGCUGUAGCAGCAGCAGGAGCAACAGCAGCAGCAGCAGUAACAGCACCAGCACGAUCGCCGUUACCAAUGAGUUUUCGUCCUCCUCGACUGACCAUGUUACAUCCGCAUCCUCCACAGCCGGUGUGUUCCAUCAAAGAGCUUUAUCAUUGCCAAGCGCUCCCAUGUUAGGCCAUUCUCCCCAUAGCAAUACCAAUCAUUUGGGCACACUCCAUGCGGCCAGUAGUAGCGUCCGGUCCUCCUCCCAGAGCAGCGUUGCUGCUUCAGCAGCUUCAGGUUUAGGGCAGGGUCCAGCGGGCCCAAAUCUGCCAGCGUCCCUGUCAUCAUCGUCCGCAUCUUCUACGGGCACGAUCCAGCCAGUACACCAUCGUACCCGUUCGUUGCCCCUGACAGAAGAGUCGGCCAUACGCGUCACGUCGGGUGAACGAUCCGGACCCUGUUCCGGAUGGUGGCAGCAACCACCGCUUCACAAUCACCACCACACCAACCAUCUCCCAUACUCUCCGCACCACUACUCGUCAUCCUUUACCUCCACCACCGGUGCAAGCCAUCGGAAGUCAUCGUCAGCGUAUUUGCUCGCACCGACGCACGUUUGCUCGCUGCACGGCGGUACCACACCGAACGGAGGUGGUGGCUGGUCUCCACCCGUAUCGGACGCUGUACUCUGUACUUCGCCCCAUCGCCAUCAGUACGAGCUUUCACAGGACGGUACGGGUACUUCGUUUGCAAGUCUCGUCCCUUCGCGCAGCUCGAUGGAGAGCAUCAUCGAGGAUCAGCGUUAUCUGCCGAUGGAUCUGAAGAAGCCGUCACCGGAAGAGGUCGACAGUGGUCUGACGGCAGGUCAGCAGCUACCGCUAAUUAGUCGCCUGCUACGCAGCACCAAUCUGCAGCAGCAACCUUCCGCUUCCGCUUCAUCCCCAGCGCCGUUGUCCGCCGGCAAGAUGGGUCUGCUCGGGCUCAAGAUGGCCAUGAUGGGUGGCGGUGGUGGUAGUGGUGGUUGUGGUGGUGGUGGUGUUGCUUCAGCUGGAUCGGCCCCGACCGCCAGCCAUCCAGCGAACGGUGGCUGUAGUUGUAGUAGUCCCUCGUCACAGUGCAGUAGCAGUAGCAAUUGCAAUCACGCCAUUAGUAGCAAUACCACUUCCCAUAAGAGCACGAACGGUUCCUCACCGGCAGCACUGCGGCGCCCGAUCGGUGGCCGCACUGCCAGCGGUACGAUCAGCAGGAGUGUUGCCAUUGCGCGCGAACGCUGCGACAGUCUUCCAUCGCGAAAUCGAACGACUAGCGAAACGAUGCCCCAUCAGCAACAGCAGCAGCAGCAGCAGCUACAGCAGCAGCAACAUCAUCAACAGCUUCAGCACCAUCAGCUGAUGCUGAACAGUGGCGGUAUGCCACCGCCCCGCAUGAUCCCGAGCAACAAUCGGCCGCACUCGGUGCACAUCAGCCAUAGCCACAGUCCGCCAGUCAAUUCGUCCCCGCUUAGCCCGCCACCGCCCGCCACCUACUCGACCGGUUCGGAUGGAUCCUCGCUCAGCAUCGAUGAGUCGACGGACAGCUUCAUUACCGGCUCGCUUACACCGGACGAAGGCAAUGGCUACCCUAAGGUCAUUAAUCAACUCAACUCCGGCUGCUCCAUACCGGAGGAAAACUCGGAAGAGUUCAUCAAGGACUAUGGCCAUAUAGAUUUGCGCGCGGGUUGCGGAUUUUCGCAGCACGAUGACUUUGCCGUGCCGAACCAUCACACUACUCCUAGCGGUAGCUCAGGCAGACAUGGCCACCAUCAUCAUAAUUCCCUCUCGCUUCCCAUAUCGCAGGCGGCCCGAAGAGGAGGCAGUCCCGCACCACCGUCAACGGUCGGUUCGGUCGAGGGCAGCGCGUACAUGGAGAUGUGCAGCCCGAGUGGCAGUUCGCCCGGCGAUCCGUCCGGCAGCUGCUACAUGGCGAUGUCGCCCGUAGCAGACUUUUCGCGAGGACUGUGUUCCAGCUCGAGUGCACACAGUCGCGCAUCUAGUCUCGCGGAGGAUAUGGUCGAUGGGGCAGGCUACGUGCCGAUGAGUAUGCCACGUGCCGUCCCUCCAACCGAGGAAUACGUCCUGAUGGAUCCGACGCUUAACGGUGGCGCUAGCAGUCGACUCUCGAAUGCAACGAGCGGUGGAGGUACUACGGGCAACAAUGGCGGUGGUGGUGGAAGUGGCAUGGGUGGUGGGGGUAUGUCUUCCGCCGCUUCAAGCUGCAGCAUUACCUCCGGCACUCCAUCGACCGAUCUGCGCCUUUCGCUCGAGAAAGUUCCGGCCUACAUUGGGCAGGGUGAUGAUCACGAGGUGAACGAUCGCCCGUUCCGAACGUAUUCGGUGGGAAGCCGUCCGGAGCUUAUAAAGCGGAAGCUGCGCGUCGAAAUGCUCAGCUCGGGUGAGAGUUCGGUUGGUGGUUCGGCGAGUGGUUCGGCCAGUUCCCGACAGCGAGCCUUUUCCGUUGGUUCCCGUGCCAAAGUGCCGCGGUGUUCGGAUGUGUACAAGGGAUACUCGGCGGCUCCUGUAAUUGUGUCGUUUGCGUCGACUAGUUCGCAGGGCAGUAUGCUCGAGAGUAGCAACAAUAAUAGUUCGAGCAGUACGAGCAGCAUUUCGCAUGCAGGAAGCUUCGGUGCUUCGAUCGGUGAGAAUUUACCGAUGGAUGAGUUGGGUGCCAUGAGUAGGAAGUCGGGCAGUGGAUCGCUGUUGCCUGAUGGUAAUGGGAAGCCUCCGUCGCAUGGUUCGCAUGGCCGGAUGAGUGAUUUGAUGGAGAUUGACUACUCCUCGCCGCGUCAGGUGAAACCCUCGACGAGAGUAAGUGAACCCGUCGGUAUGGAGGAUUAUCUGGACAUGUCCGGAAACGGUAACAACAACGAGGAGGAUCGUCGGGCGGGCGCAGGAGCACAAUCUACUGCUACCUCGGGUUAUGUCGAAAUGCGUCCCGGUCGUGUUAACUCACAGUGUGAGGAGAACGACUACCUAAACAUGACACCGGGCUCUAUCGCUGCCAGCUCUCGAGUUGGUAUCGACGAACCGGAUUGCCCUGGUGGUGGUAGCGGAUCGAUCAAGUCUACCAGUUCCCCAAUACAGAUAGGUUCCUCUGGUCCAACGUCUGCCGAUGGAGCAAACAGUGGGAGCAGUGCGGGACAGAACAAUAACUACCUCGAAAUGUACCCAAGAGCACUGGCAAAAGACACGAAUCGGGGCAGUGCCACAGCUACAAAAGUACCUUCCGAAGAUUACCUGAACAUGGCCCCGCUGAUGAUCAGUUCGCUCGGGGAAGCGAGUGGAAGCGAAGAGAAGAUGGCCACACAUCAGCAACAUGGUGGUGGUGAGGAUGAAUCACUCGAAUCUUCCAGCGCACCCGAUGGCUAUAUGGAAAUGUCUUGGAAUCACGGCGUUGUGACAGCUGGUUCCUCAUCCUCUUCCUCUACCAACCGCGCAGAGCGAAACGUGCCAAUGAGUGGGGACGAUUACAUGAACAUGUCGUGUGGUCCACCACCACCACCACAGUCGGAAGAUGCAUUCCGUGUAUACUCCGCACCGAUCAGCAUUCAACCGAGCGCCGGCAAAUGUCGACUCGAUCUGAGCGGUGAAUCGAAGGUAGAAGCUGGCACCAACAUCCCCAACUAUCUACCUCUGGGUCAGCAUCCGGACGCACGGAAGUCGGUGCACCAUCAUCAUCCACAUGCACCACCGGCCACGAUCGUCGCGCUACAGCAACAUCUACCGCUAUCGGCACAGGCUCCGAUUCAGACCACCACUGGCCAACAGAGUGGUUCGAUCGGGUUCAGUCCUUCGUCGAAGUUGGUGGCAGAAACACCCGAACGAGCACGGUGUGAUUCACGUGACAGUGGCAUCGUAACACCGUCCGGAAGUCAACCAACCAUUUUCCCAUUCAGCCCAGCAAGUCCCACGAAACCGUUCGCACCGGGUCAAGUACAUCAGGACGAACCGAUGGUAGAAUCGCUUGAGAAUCUAAGUCAAAAUUAUGCCGAACUAAGUCUCGGUCGGCAGCAACUCCAACAGCAGCAGCAGCAGCAGCAACAUCAUCAAGCGGAACCUUCUCCUGCAACGCGAAAGUUAUCCACGGGGAGUCGAGGGUCUGGAUCGUUUAGCAAGUUGCAGCUGCUGUCAAGUGGUAGCUUUAACCAACCGGACUACGUCAACUACUGCCCCACAACACCGCCUGUCGAGGGUAUGAAUGUGCCACUUAACGUACAACCUUUGCGCAGUCGCGUCGAAGAUGACGGGGCUGGAGAUUAUGCUCUGAUGAACCCGGCAAGUUCACGCAAACUCUCCACAACGUCUAUGGGAGCGACAGCAGCUGGAGGAACUUCAGCCGCUCACACCUCGCCCCUUGCCCCGUCAAGCCACGGCAGUUCCUGCAGCUCAGCGGAUGGUGUCUCUCCGCCGGUGCUGGUGGCGCGCAAAUCAACACUUCUGCUAUCCAGCCCACAGAUGGGCUUCAAGCCAAUCACCUCCUCACAGGACGCUGAGCUGCUUCUGCACAACAAGCUACCGAUGCCUUCAGCCAACUCCCCGAAAGCGAUGAACCUCGCCCGACGCGAACCGGCGUUUAAUUUCAACACCGAGCAACAGCUGCCACCGCUUCAGCGCAGUAUCUCCGGACCUGGAACACGCCCGAACAGCGUCAACAGUGAGCUGAUCGGUAAGGGUUGCGGUGCAACGACACCCAGUCCGAGUACCGGUAGCGCUACAAUUCCGGGCAGUGCUGCCAGCACCCGGCCGAGUUCGGCCAACAGUGAACGACUUCCCAUCAUAUCAGCUACCUCAUCGUCCGCCUCGUCUACGUCGACGCUGUGCGAAAGCAAAAACCAAAGUCCAUCCGCGUCGUGUACGGCCCUCACCGCCACCAUCACCACCACCAGUCCCAGUGUGCCCGGAUCGCGGCCCGAUUCGGUUAGUUCGAUAACCGAUCCGAACAUCGUAUCGAGGCCACCCUCGGUUAGUUCGGAGCGUGAGCUACACUACGCUAGUCUCGAUCUGCCACCGUGCAGCAAACAAACGCCGGUGGCUUCGCCAUUUUCUACAGGGACGAUGAUGCUAUUGGCAGGUGGUACGGGUGGUGGAGCUAGUGGAAGUAAUGCUGCCAUCGGUGGCAGCAGUAUUUCCAGCGGAAGCGCCGCUGGUGGAGUUACGAAAAUGGACGUAGAUGAACCAUUGUCUGGAUCGAAUGAAUCGCGCAGCUCGAUCGACUCGAUGAACUCUUCCAGCCCUAGUCCCAGCUCGAGCGGCUGCAAUUUGCAUCAGCAGCAACAACAACCGGUGCGAUGUGCCGCCUUUACCUACGCGAAGAUCGAUUUCGUGAGAUCGCAAGCCCAAAAGCAGCAUCAACCUCCGGGAGGUUCUGGACCGGCCAGCGGUACGGGAAGUGGUGGCACCAGCACACCCCAAUCGUCUCAAGCAUAA